AGAGGGAGGGAUAUAACGUCUUGAGUUUUCUAUACAGGCACUCUCGUGGGCAGCUCACACGCUCCAAAAAGGGGUCCUUCAGCUGUGGCGCAUGUUUUGUAUUUCCUCCUCGCAAAGCUGGCUGACAACUUUCAGAACACCGGUGUGUCACUGAGAUGUGGGAUUCCUGACACAUGUUUGCAGCCUCCUCGCAGCCACACAUUGAUUGCAUGACCCAGGGAUGUCUCGUCCCGCUCCGUCCCCCAUCUUCACCCUGAGGGGGGCCGGCGCGCCCCUCAACACCCUCCACUUUAGCUGCCAUGGAGGGGACACUCCCCUCUUAUUUUCGGGGUCAGGUAAGGGUGCCAUCCACAUGUGGAACCUGAACACCAGGAGGGCCGAGACGGUUGUAGAAGGGCAUUCUGGGAACUCAGUCGUGUGGGUCAACACACUGCGGGGGACAGACACUCUCAUCAGUCAGGGACGGGACAUGCGAGUGUGUCUGUGGGAUCUGAGUGAGGGUCGCAGGGCGGUGCUGGACUCGCUGUGGACCGGCAGCGUUGGGUUCUGUCAGUGCUCGCUGCUGGAGAUGAGUACCGGGACACAUCUGCUGGCCUUCGCUGGACAACAGACCGAAGAGAUCAAGAUUGUCGAGCUGCCCAGUAAGACCCCGGUCUGCACCCUGGUGCCGGACGCUAAGUUGGGGAUGGUCAUGUGUAUCAAACUGUGGCAGCCAGACUCGGGCCCCGGACCUCUCCUGUUGGCCGGAUACGAGGACGGUUCCCUGUUGCUGUGGGACGUUACCCAGAGGGCCCAGCUGAACCAGACUAAAGCCCACCCUGAGCCCGUCAUGUGCCUGACCUUUGACCCCCAGUGUCUGAGAGGCGUCUCUGGCUCCUCUGAGAAGGACCUCUGCUCCUGGAGGCUGGACGGACAGAACAACCUGCAGCUCCAGGACUCUGUGACGCUGGUCAACCCUGGGGUUUCCCAGCUGUGUGUCAGGGGUGACGGUAAACUCCUGGCCUCAGCGGGCUGGGACCAUCGGGUGCGGAUAUUCGGGUGGAAGAAGCUGCGACCGCUGGCCGUGCUUCAGUACCACACCGACCUGGUGCUAAGCGUGGCCUUCUCUGACCACCAGGACCCCCGACAGAGACUGCUGGCUGCUGGAUCCAAAGACCAGCGCAUCAGCCUGUGGUCUUUAUUCAACGAGGGGGCGGACACUGGCUGAACCUCGAAGCUCUGGGAGGAUUUAUGGACUUUUAAUCAGUUCUUUCUACUGAUUUCAAUGUGACCCCGAAUGGUGUCAGUGGCCAAAAUGGCAGCUUUUCAGGGCAAUGAAGCAAUGCCCUUAUAUAACAAUGUUUUACUCAUUGUUUGUCAUAAAACCACCACCUUCUUCAACUUUCUCAACUGAGAGAGUUACAGAUGCAUAUGGACUAUAAUGGGAAAGAUAAUACUGUAUGUGACUAUUACACAUAACAAUUGUAGCCUCUGCUUGGACCCAACAACUGACUUUAGUGACUUGGUGAUUACUGUAAGUCAAUGAGGAGGUAAUAAAAAAAGAAAAACUGAUAAAUAUAGUGGUGGGCUGCUAAUAUGUUCUCAAUUUGUCCUUAAAUGAUUUCAAGAUAAUACUACACAACCAUCCCUGAUUUUGUUAUAUUAUGUAUUGUUUUUUUGUUAUUACUAUUCUUUCAUCAACAAAUCUAAAUGCCAUUUCCCAAACAAUGUGUACAGUUAACAUCAGAAAUAUGAAGGUCAACAUGUGUGAUAUUAGAAUAGAAAAACCUUGUUAACUCUGGUAGGUUGUUGUUAACACAGCGUACGUCGGGCAUAUUGUUGUCUUUUUUAAAUACGAUUUUCUCAAGCAUGUGUUACACAAUAUUCUCAUUGAUACAUAAUACAGUAUUUUCAUUGUGUAAACAUAUAUAUAUACACCUGUUUAUAUCUAUGGCAGCUGGAUAUAACCACAGAAAAAGCAGAAAUAUCUGAUCUAUUCCAAAUAGUUCACGAGGCUCUUGUUGACCACUAUUGCCAGCCCCUGUUUACUGAAGCCUUUGUGAUGCUGUGUGCAACUAUGUGAUUGUGUUGACUUAUCUGAUGGAGAUUUGCUCCAGUGGACCUGAAUUUGAGGUAUAGAGCGCACCUGAGCAGCUCUGUAAUCGUGUGUUGUUAUUCUAGCAGCUCUUAGCUUAACACACAGCCUGACCUGGGCUGUAUUUGUCAAACAAGGUUAAUCACAGCAGGGACAUAAGGAACAGAGGGCUGUUGGUUUAGUGGUUUCUGGUGAUCUGCAGAGGCUCUCUGUGGUCAGUGUUACCUGUGUAUGAGCUGGUUUUAUUUUCUUAACAAGUACUACUUCUUUGUUAAUGAAAAAUGUCAGAAAACUGAAGAAAUCUACACAUCAAGUUAAAGAAUUAAGUAAGGGGGUAAAGUAAGAGAUAUGUUUUGGUAUCAUCUGUAAGGGUGAUCAAAAGCAUUUGGAAUGAAACGAUUGUUAACUCUACUUCACAUUCAAUGCCAUAUAGAGUGGUGCAGGAAUGAGUCUUACAAACUGAAAAAGAGUGCAUUUCCCCACUUCUGGUUCCCUCGUCUUAAAGUCAAUGGUUUUUGAAUUCGUUUUUUUGUUUAAAUGCCUGAAAUAAGCUCUGUGGUGUACACACUCGUAAUAUAUUGAAGCUUAUUUUGUUCUACGACAUAACAAAACGACAGUUGGUAAAAGAUUACCAAACGACACUAACAAACACCAGCACUCUGAAUAUUAGCCACCUUUAGCUUAGCGGUUGUGAUAUAAAGUCAUGUGACCGUGAUAUAAUAAAUUAGUUUGUAACAUAAUGUUAGCUUUUUAAUUCUGGCAACUGCAUUUCCCCUUUAAAAAUCAUACAAGUGGUGUUAGUAUGUGGAGAUUAUCCUGCUGAAUGAAAUGUGUUAAGUAUCAUAAACGUGUGUUGGCCACUGAGCUUUUAUCCUGCAAUAUACCGAAAUCCAAUUGAUAAAAUGUUGUCGAA